AACAGUGUCAUUAUGGAUCAUAAAUCAGAACAGCAUGAAGAAAUUGAAGCACUUGAUUCUAUUUAUUCUGGAGAGUUACAAAUUUUAGAAACAAACCCUCACAAAUUUAUGCUAACAAUAAAAAGCGAAGAAUACGAACCCGAGUCAGAAAAUGGACUGUCCUGUGACCUGGAGUUUACUUACACAGCAAAGUACCCAGAAGAGCCUCUGGAGAUCCGGAUUGAAAAUCCAGAGAAUUUUGAGGACGGAGAUGAGGAGAAGCUGCUGGAGCACCUGAAGAAACAGAUGGAAGAGAACCUUGGGAUGGUGAUGGUCUUUACUCUGGUGAGUGCUGCUCAAGAGUGGCUCAAUGUACAGUGGGACAGGAUCAAGCUACACCGAGAGGAACAUGCUGCUAAACAGCUUAUUGAAGAGGAAGAAGCUGAGAGAAAAAGAUUUGAAGGUACCAGAGUAACAGUGGAGACUUUCAUGAAAUGGAAGGAACAAUUUGAUGAAGAAAUGGGCCAUAAUAAACGAAGAGAGCUGGCGUUGAUUCAGUCGAAAAAGUUAACCGGCAGAGAAAUGUUUAUGACUGAUAAAACUUUGAAUGAAUCUGAUCUCAAAUUUUUGGAUGAGGGUGAUGCAGUUAAAGUUGAUGAAAGUUUAUUCCAAAAUCUCGAUGACCUGGACCUCAAUGAUAACGACUCAAACGAUGACGAUUCUUAUAGAAUUGAGCCAGUAAGAGAGUAUAUAGAUCCUGUUAAUUAA